GAUAUGACACUAGAAGAGCUAGAAGAGAAUGAGGAUGAGUUUAAUGAGGAAGAUGAGAGAGCUAUAGAAAAAUGUAUAGACAACAGAGACUGGCACAGUGGCAAGCAACACAAUUAAAUAAUAAAUUUGGGGAAGUGAUAGAGAUUUCCGGGCAGGACUAUGUGCAAGAAGUAACAAAUGCAGGAAAAGACCUUUGGGUGAUCUUGCACCUUUACAAACAAGGAAUCCCGCUUUGCAGUUUAAUAAACCAGCACCUAGCAACACUUGCAAGAAAGUUUAAAGAUGUGAAGUUUCUGAAAUCCAUUUCAACGACGUGUAUACCAAACUAUCCUGAUAAGAACCUACCCACCAUCUUUGUUUAUCGAGGUGGUGAAAUUCGUGCUCAGUUCAUAGGACCUUUAGUGUUUGGUGGCAUGAAUCUCACGCUGGAUGAAUUGGAAUGGAAACUUUCUGAAUCUGGUGCUAUCAAGACAGACCUUGAGGAAAAUCCCCGACAACAAAUUCAGGAUCAGCUCAUGACUUCUAUUAGGAGUGCCUUUGCCACUAAGAAAGACAGUGAAUCGGAUGAGGACUGA